UGUAUGCAUAACACGUAAGUGUCGGAUCUUGCAACUAUUACACAGCCUUCCUACAUCACUAUCUACAAAUUACUUCCAUCAGCUUCUUCUCCUGUCCCAAGGAAGGUAAAUCGUAUUGUUAAGAGUGUUGGUACCUAAGGCACUCUUUUAUCCAACGCCCCCACGCGCGCCUGUUGGAGUUACGUAGCGCGCUUCCGGUGUGUUGACCUCCUAGGUGGUUAGGUGUAUACUAUAUACGCCAUCAAAGUGUGUAUAUAAUACGCAGUACUGGAUCUGGUCUUACCAUCACUCACCAUGUCGUCCUACUAUUCACCCUCGGCCCUUCUCACUGAUGCGCAAAAAGUGCCGUGUACCUUCACUCUUACUGUGCCCGGUCUUGGCUAUCUCGACGCAACACCAGAGGCCGACCUUGCAUCUGGCACCAAGGUCUCUCUACCAUUGUGGCUAGGCGAGAUGCUCGCCAUAAGUCAAAACCUCUCGACCUCCUCUCUUGUCAAGCUCGACUUCCCCCCAGCCUUGAGCGAGAGGGUGUUGAAUGCUCUAAAGGCAGAUCCACGCACCGUCGACCUGCGGCAGCAAGCAGCAAACUUUUACGCGCUAGGCAUCAGGAUGCUAGAUUUAUUCGAGCAUGAGGAGAUGGGAGAGGUAUUGACUGAAACAUUCAAGACACGUGCCGCUUCUAUAGCGGACCAAGCGCAUAAUCCUAGAGGCGCUUUGGGCGAAGGUGCCGACUUCCUGCGUGGACUAGAUGAGAGUGAACGCGAGCUGUUCAAGGCCGCUCACGACAGUUCCAAAGCUGUACGGACGUGGAUGGCGGAGAUCAGUAAGAAAUGAGUGGCGACCAUGGAGCAGACUCAAGGAUACUGGCGUUUUAAUCUGCAGAGGGAUGACUUGCAUUGCACAGGCGUUCAAAAGAGGGUACAAGCGCGUUUUACUAAUAUAAACGUGUGUAUAUAUAUGAUACGUAUUAGUAUGACUACAUAGACCGGAGGAAAUCUUUGAGCCAUCUGAACUAUGCUC